AUGAACCAUGGCAUGAAUAGAGAUAGAGACAGUAGUAGAGCCCCAAGCAGAAAAGAUUUUUCUAAACCGCAACCACCCGCAUCUGAAAAUUUAACGUCCGCAACCGCCCACUCAUUAUCCGCAUUCGUGCCACAUCCGCGAAAACUGAAAAGACAGCCUAAAUCGGCAGUCUUAGUCUCCGGUUUGAAACUAGAAGUUAGAGGAGCUAGGAAGGCAAUGACUCACUGUUGCUGUAUAGAUAAUUGCAUAAAUCGACAGGGAAGGAUUACUAAAGUUUCAUAUCACAGAUUUCCACAUGAUAAAAAAAAGUAUCAAAAAUGGAUAAAAGCAAUUAGAUUAGAGUUAAACAAUCCAUGCUGGCUUCCACAGAGUAGGGAUGUAAGGAUUUGUGGUGAACAUUUCUGUGACAGAGAGUUCGUGUUGGCAAACAUUGAUAAAAAACAAUUAAAGGAGCAUGCCUACCCUUGUUUUAAAGUUCUAAUCAGACCAUCGAGUAUUCUUUCCUCAUUAUUAAAUAGACCGGACCAGAGUACAUAUCAUUCUCCCAUGCCAAAAAUCAUCUCUAGAAAUGUACAAGUUAGAAUAGAACCAGAAAUACCGCUAGUUGCCCAUUUUGAAAUAUUUCAAAAUCUUAAGGUCAUUGAACCAGUGCCAGAAUGCCUUUAUUUAGGUCUUGGGAAGAGAGUAAAGUACAAGAGAAUUCGAGCAGAGCUCUAUGCCACAAAUAUGCUAAACCUCUACCUAGCUAAAAAAUUUUGUACCUCUAUGGGUAUGUGA